UUCUUCUAUUACCGUCUUUUCCAUCCUCUCAUCGCCCCUCUUCCAUCCUCCUUUUUCACGUCUCGGCAUACACACGAAAUACCACAAUGCUCGCAAAGACUGUCGCAUCGUUUAUGAUUCUUGCUGCUGCUGCCUCGGCGCACAUGCAAAUCAACUACCCUUGCCCCCGUUUCUCGCCUCACUGCGCAACCACUCCGGUCCUCCCUCCUGGCGAGUCUCUCAACUACAAUCUGGCCAGCCCAAUCGGCUCUGGCGGUGAUAUUCUCGCUCCUCUGUGCCACUCGCAGACCGCCUGGCCCCAGGUCAACGAGAAGUGGACUGCCGGUCAAUCCAUCACUGUCAAGUUCGCUCAAGGAGGCGCUGCUCACGGCGGUGGCCACUGCGAGUUCUCGCUGUCGUAUGAUGGCGGCAAGACCUUUGUUGUCAUCCACCAGGAGCUGAAGUACUGCUUCGUCGGCAGUGCUUCAUCCAGCAACACCGCAAACACUCUUAGCUACACAUUCAACCUGCCUUCGGAUCUGCCUGGCACCGAUCACGCUGUGUUUGCCUGGUCGUGGGUUAAUGCUGUUGGCAAUCGCGAGUUCUACAUGGAUUGCGCCGAUGUCUCAAUCUCAGGAUCCUCAAAGUCGUUCACAGGCAAGGAGAUGACGAUUGCCAACUAUGGUUCCAACUACCCUACCAUUGGCGAGUUCAAUGGCAACUACGACACUGGCCUCGAUGUCUACAGCAAGGCUAAGCAGAUCACUGUCACUGGGAAUGGCUCGUCGUCAGGCUCGUCUGGUGCUUCGAGCUCGUCAGCGUCGUAUACUGCUUCGACUGCUUCUACGUCAGCUGCUCCUGUUGCCCAUGCUGCGACAUCGUAUGGGACCACAUCAGGUGUCUCUGUUGUCCCUACCUCGUCUGCUCCUGCUACAUCAGCUAUUGUUUAUCCCACCACUAAUGCUGUCACCUCGGUUGCUGCUCCUGCCCCUACUUCGGAUACUCCUUCGACUCCUACCUCGGAUGCUGCAGUCACCUCGGCUGCUGCUACCACCCCUAUCGGACGUUGCCGCCAGGCCUAAUAUCUGGUACUGUGCGAUCAUUCACCUACCCCUUUUCUUUCCGACACGGACUUCGGUGCGACAGACAUGACACAAUGUUAAACUAACUUUGAUGAAUAUCUUUGCGGAAUAUAUAUGCUGCAUUCACGUCAACCACCGGCUGCGC